AUGAGGAUGCAUUGCGAGAGAUACGACACAGCCAUCGAGAUCAAGCCCAUGAACGGUUCUGUCCUGCUGCAUGGGUCGGAGCCGUCCAAGCUGGGGGACGGCACGCUCUACACGGGAUCUCUCCCCUCGUCCUUCGGCAGGAAGAGCAAGAGGACACGCUCAUACUACAGGUCCCACGAUAGCCUGGAUCCCUCGGUAGAUCUGACGUGCUUCCAGCUGCAGGAAGAUAUGUCAAAGUCGGUAAAGCCCAUGGGGACGACGAAAACAAGGGCGAAGCGCCACCAGCAGCCACCCCCGGCUCCGAGUGGUAAUGGGGCGGCCCUUCGAGUGGUCUGCAACAUCUGUAUGUGGCUCCUGUUGCUCGUACUAACCGGAUUUACAGCGUGGCUGUACACGAAGAUGAAGGUCAUACAGGCUGACAAGGACAAGCUUCAGAGCAGAGUCCAGUCUGGCUCCCAGCAGCUAGAGGAGCUACAGGACAGGACCAGACAGCUGCUGACGGACAGGGAAGACCUUCAGAACAGGAUAAAUAAGGGCGCCCGGGACAUCUUACAGCUGCAGGACAGCACACAGAACCUACAGACACAGCUGGACAACGCCACAGCACAGCUCAACAGGAAGGACAGGGCGCUGGAGGGCAUACAGCAAGGUCUGGCCAGCUUUGGGGAUUGUAACAGGGCAGACGACUGCAACAUAAGAGAUUGCUCAGACGUAAAAGCGAGGAACAGUUUGGACGGCGUGUACCCGAUCUGGCCCGACAACUACACCAGUGCCCUGUACGUCUACUGCGACAUGACGACCGCCGGCGGGGGAUGGACCGUCGUCCAACGUCGUCAGGACGGCAGCGUCAACUUCUUCCGCAACUGGACGGCCUACAAAUACGGCUUUGGAAACCUGAAUGGUGAACUCUGGCUCGGGACGCAGACUUUAUACACGUUACUGUCGCAACGCCUGUACAAACUUCGCAUCGACCUGGAGGACUGGGAUGGAGUGAGAAGAUACGCGGAGUACGAUAACAUCACGCUUGGCCCUGAGUCUGACAACUAUAGGUUAACGCUAGGUACGUACCGCGGCAAUGCCGGGGACUCUAUGACAGGCGAGAAUGGGACGAUGGGCAUCUUUACCCGCAACCUAAACAACAUGCAAUUCAGCACCAAGGACAGAGAUAAUGACAACAGUAUGAACAACAAACACUGUGCUCAGAUAUACAAAGGCGGCUGGUGGUACAACGACUGUUACAACGCUAACCUGAAUGGGCGAUAUUACUUCAACGGGCGAUAUAGUGGAAAUGUCCAGGAUGGUAUUGAAUGGUUUAAUUUUCGAGGGUGGUUUUAUUCACUAAGAUACGUGUCAAUGAAAAUUCGACCAGCUGAUUUUGUACCUGUGGUUUGA